GGGGGAUGGGUGCGUUUGCGAGUGUGUGUGUGUGGGAUGGGCUUGUGGGCUGGGGUCUCUCGGUGUGCGUGGCUGUGUCUCCACCCCUUCUUCUUAUCCCCUCCCCCUUUGUGUGUGUGCGCGUCUCUGGGUCUGUUAUUCUCCUGCCUUGAGCUCGCUCUCCCUUUGUUGGGUUUCAUAGUGGGAAGGGAUUUGUCCUCCACGUUCCCGGUCGGGCUGCCGCCCGGUGUUGUUUCCCAACGAGCACUCUUCAGACCGAGGAAAAGCGACUUGAGCUUGCAAUUGAAUUUAUUUUCAAGUCACAGCGCGGGUGUUGCCCCCCUCCCUCUCUUCUGCUCCCCUCCCCCCAAAGCUCCUUCCCAGGCAUUUGCCUUUGCAUGGCUAUUUUCCCAACUACUCCCCACCUUUUUGUUCCGUGCUUGUGAUGGUUUUUCCGACUUUUUGUACGCGUGUCUUUAAAUUGACAUUUUUCUUCAACCUGUUGUUGGUUGCGUCUCAAUCGGGCAACGAUGGAGCGCUUAGUCAAGUCACGCUAGACAUUUUGGAAAGAAAGUAAAUAAAGGGGGAGAACACAAAUAAAAGGCCCAAUGGCAAAACAAUCUUCUGAUUUAACUUCUGAGUGCAGUAGAGAGGGUGGACAAUUGCAGCCUGCUGAAAGGCCAGCUCAGCAUCUUCGGCCUGGGGCCCCUACCUCCUUACAAACUGUGUACCAAGGUAAUCUUUUGGGCGAGCGGGACACUUCGUCACCCAGUAGUCCUCAGGGACCACUGGCACCACCCUCCAGCCCUAGUCCGUUUGCUACCAGAUCCCCGUUGUUCAUGUUUGUAAGAAGAUCCCCACUGCUGUCCAGAUCCUCCAGUGGGUAUUUCUCUUUUGACACCGACAGGAGUCCUGUACCUAUGAGUUGUGACAAGGCCACACAGACUCCGAGUCCCCCGUGUCAAGCCUUCAGUCAUUAUCUAAGCGCAAUGGGUAAGCUAGACCAUGCUUCCAGGUGGCAGUCACGGUCAAUCCCUGAAGAUACACGGCCAGAAAUCUGGAUUGCACGGGAAUUGCAGCGCAUUGGAGAUGAAUUUAAUGCUUCCCACAGUCCAAGAAGGGUGCUGCAAGAUUCUUGGUUUCUUGGAUUACCAAGCAGUAAACCACCAGAUCAUAAUUUUGCGCCUGUUGCAUUACAUCGUCCGCCUCAUAUGGAGAAUGCAGUGACUAAUGCGCCAAGAGGCAGCUUGGGAUUAUUUACUCGUUUCCAGUGACAGAAACUUUGAACACAAUGUCUUUGGUCUCUGGGUGCAGGUAACAGGCCUUUAUUGACCUCGGAUACAUCCAGCAAAUGAAAAGGAGCAGAAGGACUCCAUAUCAGGUGGUUUGGGCCUCUUCGUGGUUUUUUAGAGGAAAGCAAGUUUUUUAAAUGGAUAUUUGGAAAUGGACCACCUUUUUAAGAAACAGGAUUUCAUCUGAAAGUAGAACUAACUUUGUUUUGAUGAAAGUUCUUUUUUUUUUAAAAAAAGAACCUUGCUAUAUUGCAGCUUUCAAGAAAAUCAUUUAAUCCUGUUCUCAUUUGGAAACUUGUGGGUUGCUAUUAUAUCUUGCAACAGAAUUGUCUGAGCCAGCUACUUUGUAAAGCUGUCUUAGUUUUUAUAUUACAUGCUUCCUGUUCAAAAUCUUUCCAAGCAGUGAGAAGACAGACUGGUAAUUUCUGUGCUACCUAAAAUUCACCUAUCCUUGUACAUUAUUCACAGAAGAAGUUUGGGGUGGGGUGGGGGAAAUACAUCCAUCUGCUGUUUAAGUACCAUUUUUAAUCUUCUGUUGGGUGAAGCAGUUGCAUCUAGCAGCCCAGGAGGAGAACUCUUGAAUUUGCUUUGGAAGUUGAAAUUAAACUGUGAAAGUUUUAAUGUUCCAAAUAAUGUCACCAGGUUGCCUUUUACAAUUUUCUUCCUUUAUAAUUUGUAUAGAUAAGUGUGUAUUCUAUGACAUAUACUGAAGGCAGGCGGGAGGGGGGGGAUGUAGCAAUAAGUCAUUGUAUGUGGGUGAAAGCAGUUCCUAUGCCUGUGCAAUAUUGCCCAAAGUUGUUAGCAACAGGGUCCUACUGCAUAAUUUCAGGCACUGUUUUGAUCCUCACUUUGGUAUAUUUCUCUUUGUUUUUUUUAAAUCCAGUCUCUGUGUUUUGUUUUGUUUAUUUUUUUAAGCACUCUGGAUUUUGUUAAUUGCUGCCUUUGUUUUUAAAUAAUAUGAGAGAUGACCGAGCAACCAUAAUGUGGAAUGUAUAAGGACUACUGACUCGCUGCCUGGGUUUGAGGUCAACAGCAGCACAGUAUUCAGAGGGUGAAAACUCCAACAAAAGACAGAGCAGGAACAAAUUUUAUUCCAGAAAAAAGACCUUUUAACAAGUGGCACCUUUCCUAAGGUGCCAAUAGGUGAUUGGCUGCAUUUAUCUAAUAUGAGUUAGCUACUUUGUUUUGUGAUGUUCCUUAAUCAGGGCUACUUGUAAUGUGAUAAGAAAAACAAAAAGCUGAAUCAAGGGCAACCUGCUGCAAACAGCUGAAUUGUGCAACAUAUUAAAUUGUGCAGGUUGUUUCUGUAAGCCAUAAAGGGGAGCAGUAAGGAUUGAUAAUUCCCAAACUGUAGGGUGGGGCACAGUGGUAUGCCAUAGCAAAGGACUGAAAUGUGUCUGGAAACUAAGUCACUAUGUUGGACUGGGGAGAGUCCUUUGUAUCUUUAAUUCCCUCCUCUGUCCCUUUUACCCGAUUUCUCUGUCAAUUUAUGGGAAGAGGGAGUCUUCUGUGGGAAGGACUUGCUAGAUUCCUUGACUCGGGUAUGCUAUGGGCUGCCAGGUACAGGCGAAUCCCAGAAAGCAUAGGAAGCUGCUUUAUACCACUGAGCCAUCUAGCUCAGUAUUGUCGUUCUGACUGACAAGUGUGUAAGGAUUCUUUCUCAUCCUUACCUGUAGAUACCGGGGAAUGAACCUGGGAUCUCCUGCACAGUCUUUCCCUACCUGACUCCUGACAGGCAGAAGAAGGGGAAAUGUAGAGUGCCAGUAAGACCCUAUUAACUGCAUCAUUCUGUAGUUGUAAGGAGGAUGCCUGCCGAUUAUUGUGGGAGCAGAGUGAGAAAAUAGGUGUAUGGUAAAGCCCCCAAUCUUAAUCCUAGAAAAUACUGUGUCCCAUGUAAUAAAGGUUUGGGAAAUGCUGGGCAGAGCCCUGAAGACUCCCUGUGAUCCCUUGCAUUCAGAUAUUACAUCAGAUUUUGUAAGGAGUCCUUCAGACUUAGAUUUGCAGUCGAAAAGAUUAAUAAAUUGCUUUUAAAAAGAGCUGAAAUUCUCAGGAUACUGAAUUCUGUACCCUAUACCAAAUUGGUAAAGAACCACAGUAUGCACACAAUCCCAAACUUAAAUGAAAACGUCCCAUUAAAAAAAAUCAAGUAAAAUUCCACUAAACCAGAUGGCAGACAGUAUUGGCACAGAUCCCGACUUCCUUUUUUUAAAAGAAACAUUUUGUUUCUGUAAUAUCCUUCAUCACGCUUCCUGAUUUAUUAAAACUAUACUAACAGACAAUCCCUAUAUCUCAGAAGUAAGUUCAAUGGGGCUCAUUCCUAUGUGCAUAGAUUAAAGGAUUGCAACCUGAAUUGUUUCAGUUUUGGGACAUUGUUCAUUUCAUUUUCCUCCUAUAAAAUCAAAGCGGUUUAACCUGUGCUGUACCAUGUUAUGGUAAACUGGUUCAUAUGUGGAUUUGGAUUGAGUUUUUACUUUGCUUUGGGAGGCAACUGCAAAAUGAGUUUCCUGGAACUGCAUAGUUACUUAAAGGUUCUGGUUGCAAGUGCCCCUUAUUCCACAUAAUUUUUUUUGGCCAUUGAUCAGUUACAUAAAAUGGUGCAGAUACUUUGCAUAAUACAAUGGGUCAACUGAUUCCUGUUUGUAACUUGCUUCCAAAUGCUACGUCGCCAAUUUCUGGUUUCACCAGCACCACUGAAAAUGUUGUAACCUCUUUUUUAAAAAACUGCAGUCUUUUUGCGGCUAUAUCAAAUCCAUCCUAAGUGCUAUUAUGUGCUGGAGAGUUUUGUCAACUUCAGCUCCUAUGCCAGUGCCUGCAGAUGCACCCCCUGUCCUGAAUGUCUCUGCAGUAGAUUAUAGGAUAAAUCCAGAUGACCAAAAUAAGCUUUGGGGUCCCAAGCUAGAGAGAGGCGCAAGCAACGAUAAGCUGCUCACACACAUCACCUGAUGCAUGUCUGUACAAUAGAUGGUUAGUAAGAUUGAUAUUGACAGUGCCAAACACCUCUUUGAAAACAAAGAGACGAGGAAAGGGUGUGCUAAGAUUCUGUCCAAACUGACAGCCAUGAUUUGACUGUUGCCAGUUCACUGUUGGAAACAUCCCUCAGUCUUGCAUCCAGGGACAGAGUCCAAACCACUUCAUCCUCUUGUGCUUUUGCUAUUCCAGAUCUAGCCAGGGAAUCAUGUGCAGAAGAAGUAUUGUCUCCUUAUCUGUAUAGCCCUUAUUCGGUCAGGCUGUUUCAUCUGUAAGCUCCAAUGGCGAUAAUGUGUUAACAAGGGCAAAGCCAUGGAAGCUUUGUAGCAACGUUAGUUUCGUAAUUUUACUAGCUUUGGUCAACAAUGUUGUGGGUUUUCUCCCCAAUUUGUUUAACAUCAGGCAGAAAUUGCAACAUCACUAAUAGUAAGUUUGCCUGUAUAAUUAAUUGCACAUAAACCCACAUAAAGCUGGUUGAUUGAAAAAGGCAAAGAAGCGGGUGUUAGUCUUAGACCAUUCAAACUGAUACUGUGUGAUAGAGAUUUUUCGUGGCAUCCAAAAAACCAGGGGAACCAAGGAGUUCAUUUCCAGAUUUAGCAAUGUUGAUAACACAGCUUUUAAACCGGCAGUUUGCCAGUAAUCUUUCUGCAUACGAUGGGAAACCUGUGUUUUUCACUGGGAAUAAUUAGAAAGCUCUCUCUUGAGAUCAAAUUGACUCAUAUUAGUUGUCAGCACUGACCCAUCGCGAUUCCUUCUAAAAUCUUUUCUGCCACCAGAAUUAGUUCUCAAGAACUCACCAAAGUGUUUUCUGUUUAGUGCUUCUGCAUUUGGAGCACUCUAGUUUUAAUGCCUUUCUAACACAAAACCCUCCCUGCAGUCAUGCUUUCAGUGGUUGGGACCCAGGGAGCUCCAGACAAGCGCCUGAAGUGGGAGAAUUCCCCUGUUCUUCAUUGACAUGGCUACAGAGAGUACUCUUUAGGAAACCGUAACCUAUUAAGAGUGGCUUUUUUGAGGAGGGAGGGGGCUUAGGGGAUAAGGAGCUGCUUUGGGAAGGGGGGGGGGGUCCUGAAAGUCGCAGUGCACUCCCUUCAGACCCCUAUAACCUUCCCUCCCCCUUUUCUUAUAAGGCUCGGCUGGCCCAGUGCCUUGAGAUGUGUACACAUUCAUAUGUGUUAACUGCUAGCAUGGGAGUGCAAUUAGCUUGCUGCCAUGGCUUCAGGCAAACUUAAUCGUAAGCCUAAGAAAUGUGGGUUUUUUUAAAUAAAAUUCUGUGAAUUAUAACAAAAAACAGUAAAUGGCAAGAUAUUGGCACUGUGUGGCCCAAACCCAAGCUCUCUUGUUUUCCCAAUAAAUCUCUGCCGGACAUUAUAUCUUAAAAUGCUAAAUCAAGCAAGGCCCAUUUUAGUUUGUCACAGUUCAGUGCAGGUUUUGUGCCUUGACAUCCCCACAGUGUCCACAUUAGACAUGUGGGUUUAAAAAAAAAACUUUUUCUAGAAAUCCCAUUUAUAUAUCUAUAACUAUAUAUAAUCCUGCCAAAACAUUUUAUGAAGAAUUUUCUUUGGUUGUGGAGAAACCAUAUUCAAAUUUCUUCUUAGUGUCUCCAUGCUUCCCCCCCCUUUUGAAUGAUUGUAAAUAUUUGAGUAUUUAUUAGAUUAGUGCAGUCCUCAUCUGAGCCAAAUGUCACCUCUGUGCAAUGUUCCUUCUCUUCUUACUAUGUCAUGUAAGAUUUUUUUGUACAGCAGCUGAAGUAAAACGGAUUGAUUUCUCUAAACUUUUUUUGUAGAAUUGACUUUGUUAAAUACUGUAGAUUCCCCUUUUCUUUGUAAUUAAUGCACUCUACUGUUCCAUAAUGCUGUAACUUGUAGAAAUGUUGUAUAUUUAUUUUCUGCUUAUUUAAGUUCUUGUAAAGUCUUCCCCCCCCCACCUUGAAUUGUACUUAGUGUAUAUGGAAAUAGUGAUUGAUCAGUUUAGAGCACUGUCUACUAGUUUGGGAUAGUUGAUGCUAUUUUAGAUGUUGUUUAAACCCCUUGAUUUUCUGUACCGUGUCUCUUGCCCAUCUUUCUCUGUCUUGUUGAAAUAAUUGAAAUAUGAAGCGAAGGCAGGGGUCAGUUUGAUUGGGAAGGGCUUUUACAUGUUCAAGGGCCACAUCUAGCACUGCAUUUGUGGCUUUUAAAAUGAGUUAGUUCCAAAUAACUUUCUGAGGACCGAAGGCAGAUUUCAUACUGGUUUUGAUAAAGCAACAUGCAGUGCUCUGAACUUGUCAGUCUUUUAAAAAUGUCCAGAGAGCUUACUCGGGACACCUACUCACAGCAUCCCCUCUCAAAAGUAGAUUUUUGUUGCAAAUUCAUUAGGUGCCAGUUCACAAUCUUGGUGCUUCCUGUUUCUUCCUACAAUUGUGCUUACAUUUAAGGGCUGUUAAAAACUUGUCCCUUAGCCUCAGUUUACGUAGCACAGGAUAUGACUUGUUACCUCAUAAAUAAGAAGUAUCUGCAGUUUGUUCAAGAACUACUAAAUUCUUAGUGGAAGAGAAACAUUUUGCGCCCUGGUUUAAAGACCACUAGUUACUGUAUGACAGCACCACAACAUUAGGUACAAACAUCAAUGUAGCACUGAUCUUGUACUGAUUAAUCACUAACAUGUUUCUUAGAACCCAGCAUUUUUAUGUAGCAUUUUUAUUGCAGUUUCCCUGGCUUACUUGUGUUUUGCACUGAUGAAAUUUUGACAGGGUAAUUGCCACUUUACUUGUGCAAUACUGCUGUAAAUAACCGCAGAUCUUUUUUAAGAUACAAUCUUUUAUGUCCUUAAUGAAUUUUAUAUGAAUAAAACUUUCAACUAUU